AUGGCGGCCGUCGCGAAGAUACCCGAGACGUCUCUCUGGGCGAACCGAAAAUGUUUACUUAUAUGUGCCAUCGUCGCGAUAGCGAACAUGCAAUACGGUCUAGACUCAGCUGCAAUUGGGUCUCUACAAGCGAUGCCAGGGUUCCUGGCAGUAUUUGGCUAUAAGGAUCCUACCCAGGCGUCCGGAUACGCAAUCGAGGCAAGUCAAUUCUAUCAAAUGCUUUACACCCUUCAACUUAUUGGAUCGCUCUUAACAUUGGGAGCUUUCUUGUCUUCACUCGUCGCCGGCGCGUUCGCUCACUUCUUCGGUCGAAAAGUAGCCCUAUGGCUUGCGUGUGUUCUCAAUGCGAUUGCAUGCAUUAUUCAAAUAUCUACAACAGAUAAAGUGGCAAUAUAUAUCGGACGCUUAGUUUUGGGUUUAGCAAACGGAUUUUUGACUGCCGAAGCGGCCCCAGCUCAUCUUCGAGCUGUUAUGGUAGCGCUGUUCUCGGAAUGGGUCAAUAUAGGGAGCAUCAUAGGAGCGGCAGUGACCAAUACCACUAAGAACCGACUGGACAAGGCUUCUUAUCAGAUUCCGCUCGGAACCCUUUUCAUCGUACCGACAUUCUUAGCUCUGGGUCUUCUCUUCGUACCCGAAUCACCUCGAUACCUUCUUUAUAAGGGAAAUACCGAAGAGGCACGAAAAUCGCUCCAGAAACUGAGAGGGGAUUCAUUGUCCCCCGAAGGAUUUGAACUUGAGUGGGUCGAAAUGGUUAAGGGUAUUGAAGAGGAAAAGCAGGCAGCCAACACGAUUGGUCCUCUAGACAUGUUUAAAGGAACCGAGCUAAGACGUACACUUUUGUGUUAUGGCGUAAUCGCGACCCAAACAGGAGCGGGUUCAUGGUUCAUCAUCAGCUAUUCAACCUACUUCAUGAUUGUGGCGGGGUUAACUGUCAAUGAGGCCUUCAAGUUCUCCGUCAUGAACACUUGUCUCGGAUUUAUUGGCGUCAAUUUCGGCAUGUACUUGAUGCGUCAUGUUAUGGGUCGGCGAACAGUUUUAAUGACUGGAUCUGUGACUCAGGGGCUUGCCAUGCUUGGAAUGGCUGUUUCCGCUACCGUCGCUUAUGGCACGGUAUCUGCUCGAAAUUGUGUCAUCGCAUUCACUGCCUUAUACCAAUUCUCAUAUAAUGCAUUCGUUGGAGAUGCGACAUAUCCGACGGCGACGGAGUUGGUGAGUACCAGAUUGAGGUCGUGGUCUGUUGGAUCAGCCAUCAGCCUUGGUUAUUUUCUCGCUUGGCUUACGGGAUUCUGCUCUCCAUAUUUCAUCAAUCCGGAGGAUCUCAACUGGGGAGCUAAAUAUGCUUACAUAUGGGCCGCUUCAAAUCUAUGCUGCUUGGUCUUCUUUUACUUCUGCGUCCCGGAGACCAAAGGUAGGACGCUGGAAGAAAUCGACGAGCUUUUCGCGAACCGCGUGUCUGUCAAAAAUUUCAAAACAUUCAAGACUACUAUUGUAGCCGAGGCACUGAAAGAUGUUGAGAGUCGUGUUCCAGGAUCAGAUAAGAAGCUUUCCGUUACCGAGCAUGUUGACGAGCCCUGA